CCAAAAAAUUUGCGCACUUAUUCAUCCAAGCCCAGACGACGUCGCUUCCACGACAUCCCUGGGAAUCCGCACCACUCACAGAAGUCCCAUGUUAGUAUUUAUUUGAAAGGAGGAAUGUGACCGUUGGUUUUUCCCACUCUACGACGCCGUUCCGAACCCGACACAGUGAAACUCUCUCACCGCCACACACCCAUUCCUUUUCCUCCCUCCAAAAAAACAUAAAUUCCCCAAAAAACCCAAUCUAUAUAUAUCUUUCCUUUUGGGUCAUUCUUUCCACCCCGAUAUUCCAUUGUGUUGAAUUGUUGUGGAAUUGGGUUUUAUGAGAUAUGAAUGCCAGCCGGUUGCAAUGGGCAUCUUCCUCGCCUGCGCUGAGCACAGGGCUCGAAACGUCGUCGUCUUGUUCGAAGCUGGGUUUUGUGAACUUUCGCGGCGGCGGCGGCGGUUGUGGAGAUAGCUUGAAGACGAAGAAGGGUUUGUUUGUGAUAAAGGCGAUGGAUGUGGAGGGUUCGAGAACCGUGAAUUUGAAUGGGCACGCUGGGGAUUCAGAUAAAAAUGGGAGCUUGUUGUCUUCGAUUGGAAAUUCGACCAACAUUCAGUGGCACCAGUGCUCCGUGAAGAAAGAAGAUAGGGAAAAUAUGCUGAAACAGAAAGGGUGUGUUAUAUGGAUCACUGGGCUCAGUGGAUCAGGGAAGAGCACUGUGGCUUGUGCUUUGAGUGGGAUCUUGUACCGCAGGGGAAAGCUGGCUUAUGUUCUAGAUGGGGACAAUGUCAGGCAUGGCUUGAAUCGUGACCUUGGUUUUAAAGCAGAAGACCGUGCAGAGAACAUAAGGAGGAUUGGGGAGGUGGCGAAGCUGUUUGCCGAUGCUGGAGUCAUUUGUAUUGCUAGCUUGAUUUCUCCUUAUAGAAGGGAUCGUGAUGCCUGUCGUGCAUUAUUGCCUGCUGGAGAGUUUAUUGAGGUGUUCAUGGACAUUCCACUCCAUGUUUGUGAGGCCAGAGACCCCAAGGGACUAUAUAAGCUUGCACGUGCAGGGAAGAUCAAAGGUUUCACUGGGAUUGAUGAUCCAUAUGAGUCGCCACUAAAUUGUGAGAUAGCAUUAAGGCAUACAGGGGGAGAAUGUGCGUCCCCAUGCGAGAUGGCCGAAGAAGUGAUUUCUUACUUAGAAGAGAAGGGGUUCCUCCAGGCUUAAAAAGUUUCUGGUAUGCUUCCUUUGGCCAUCACAAGUAUGAUGUAUGCAGCAUGGGUCUUGCUUCUGGUGUCCUUAUUGGAGUUGAUCUUAACAGACAGAGACAAAAAUGACUUGUUUGAUUGGAUGUCAUGCUUUUGCGCCUUUCCAGACCUGAGAGAACUGUUGCAGUAUCAAUCCACAGACAGCAUUAACUGGUUAAUUAAUUAAUCCCUCAUAUUUCUUUUGCUCUCCAUUCUUCGUCCAGCAAGUAGCCCUAUUAUCUUUCUUUUGAUGUUAUUAGGAACCACAUUCUCCUCGUUGUAAAUAAUAAACUGGAGAUUUUUUUACAAACUUGAAGGAUCAAUAGUAGUUCGUAGAUCUUUUCUGGCACC